AUGUCGUUCGCCGGGGUAUCCCUUGUUGCUGACGGCAGGCUUGUGCAGCCACCUUCCGGGGUGCCGGACACCUACUCCAGCACGGCCGGCAGCGGCAGCGACGGCUGGUGGUAUCACCAGCUUGUGGUCCAAGAUUACUCCCGUGUUAAGGAUAUGCCCACGGGAGUGCACAUCACGGGCCGCUCCUUCACCGCUGGAGGCUAUCGAUGGGCCUUGAAGUUCUAUCCCAAUGGUGCCCGUGUGGAGGACGCCGGUUUUAUCUCUGUUUAUCUUGUCCUUGAUGAGGAUGUUGCGCGGCCGGUGAAGGUGCAUCGGCAGUUUAGUUUGGUCCGUCAGGUUCACAUGCAAGAGCUUGCACGCAUCCGCGCAACCGACGCAUUUGAUUUCUCUAGACGUGGUAUUGGUUCGGGUCGCCGUCGUUUCGUAAAAAAAGAGGACCUUGAGAAGUCAGAACAUCUCAAGGGUGAUCUUUUCACUAUCCGGUGUGACUUCAUCAUUGCUGAAGCUGCUGCUACCUUUGUGAAAGUGGGCACCGACGUGACAUUCGAGGUCGGCCAUGAGAUGUUCGACGCGCACCGGUGUGUGCUCGCGACCCGUUCUGCUGUCUUCAUGGCAGAGCUUUUUGGUCCGACGAGGGAGGGCAUUCCUACAGCCAGUGCCAUACAGAUCCAAGACAUGGAGCCUAAUGUGUUCAAGGCCUUGCUCAGUUUCAUCUACACUGACUCAAUGCCCAAGAUGGAGGCGGAAGGAGAAGCCGCGGCUCAGGUUAUGUGGCUGCGACACUUGCAUGCUGGGGCGGACAGGUAUGAUCUCCCACGGCUCAAGUUGAUGUGCGAAGAGAGGCUGUGUGGGCUCGUAGAUUUGAGCUCGGUGACACCCAUCCUUGGUCUGGCAGCGCAGCACUAUUGCAGCCGACUCAAAAAGGCCUGCUUAGAGUUCCUUAAAGUCCAGUCUACUAAAGAUUUGCGAGGAGUCAUGGCGACCAGCGAGUGGGAGCAUAUAGCUGCAACUGACCCCUCUGUUAUGAGCGAGCUCAUCGCUAACCUUAUCUUGAAAGCAUAG